AUGAAACAUGAAAAUGUCACAGAAUUUAUCCUCCUGGGACUUUUCAGUGAUGAGGAUGUGAAGGCCACCUGCUUCGUGCUGUUCUCGCUUUGCUAUCUUGUAGUUCUCUCAGGAAACCUGCUCAUUCUGCUCACCAUCAGGGGCAGCCGCCUCAGUGAACAGCCCAUGUACUUCUUCCUCAGCUACCUCUCCUUCAUGGAUGUCUGUUUCACUUCCACGGUGGCCCCCAAACUAAUCACGGACUUGCUGUCCCAGUGGAACUCCAUCUCCUACAAUGGCUGCAGUCAGAUGUUUUAUGCCCACUUCUUUGGUGCCACUGAGAUGUUCAUCUUGGUGGCCGUGGCCUAUGACCGCUAUGCAGCCAUCUGCAAACCCCUUCACUAUAUGAUCAUCAUGAGCAGAUGGGCAUGCUAUGUCUUGGUUCUGGUCUCUGUUAUUGGAGCAUUUAUCCACUCCUUCCUUCAGGUAUUGAUUGUUCCUGAGCUUCCAUUCUGUGGUCCCAAUCAGAUAGACCACUAUUUCUGUGAUAUCUUUCCCUUGCUGAAGCUGGCCUGCACUGACACUAGAGUCUUGAUUAUUACCAUCAUUGCCACCACAGGAGUGUCGUCUGUUUUGACCUUUGUUGUCUUGGUAAUUUCUUACAUCAUCAUCCUGAUAACCUUGAGGACCCGCUCAUCUGAGGGCCAUAGCAAAGCCUUGCUGAUAACCUUGAGGACCUGCUCAUCUGAGGGCCAUUGCAAAGCCCUCUCCACCUGCGGCUCACACAUCACUGUAGCACUCAUGUUCUUCUUACCCCUAGUCUUCACCUAUGUGCCCAUGGCUGAUUCUGUGAGUGAUGACAAGGUAUUUGCUCUGUUUUACACCAUGAUUGCCCCCAUGUUUAACCCCCUUAUUUACACGCUGAGAAAUACAGACAUGAAGAAUGCCAUGAAAAAUCUUUGGUGCCAAGAGAAAGUGAAGACUAUUGAAUCCUCUGGUGUUUGA